GUUAAUACCACUAAUUGUGGGGGGAGAGAGAGAGAGGGAGAGAGAUUGGAGAUGGGGCUGUAUGCCAUGCCGAGCCCAGCAGAGGCUGGCCUUCCUUUUGUUCUAUUGGCAAAUGCUUUGCUUCCAAUAGUACUGCUGAUGGGUGGGGUGAGAUGGGCCAUUCUUAGAGUGAUGGGAUCUGAUGGUGGCGAGGAGUGGCAGGAGGAGACGUUGGAGCCAAUGAUGGCGAGCAGGGCAGGAGCUGGAGUUCGUGUGACCCGGUUCAAGUUUUUGAGCCAGAAGGAUGGUGGAGUUCGGGAUUGCUGUGUGUGCCUCCAUGGGUUUGAAGGAGAGGAAGAGGUUGAACAGUGGAAGGGAUUGAAGAGGCUUUUUUACUGAAUUCUUUUUCCCCCUCCCAGAGAAUAUGUGGUCUACUUUUCCCCUUCAGUGUGGAGUACAUAUGUAGUUUACAAUGAAUAGCACGUUUUGUAUGUAUUUGCAAUGCUGAACAUGAUGAAAGAAUGGCUUUUCUUCUCUCCUUGCAGUU